GCAAGACAGAGUAGAGAACCUAAAGAGCUGCUUCUGUUACCUUCUCUCUCUCCCCCAUUUCUCUUACAAACCCUAGCUUUCUCCGUCUCUCUCUCUCUCUCUCUAAAUUUCUAUGAAUCAAUUUCUUCACCAGAACCUCGAUCCCUCUCGCCUCCGAUACCAAAGAAACCACUAGCCUCAGCAUCCUUCAUCUUCGCCAUCUUCCCACGAAUCUGCAACAAAAAAAUUCUAGGGUUUUACACGGAAUUUUCCCCAAUUGCUAUGCACGCACUCUGAGCUUUGAGACCCUCAGUUUCCUCUUCCAUAAGAAUCGGAGACUCUGUGUAUUGUUAAGGUUUGGGCGUGGAACAUGUAUAGGGAUCGUGGUGGUGGUGGUGGUGGGUCUUCGAAAUCGGAGAUUGUCGGUGGUCCGCUCGAUCGGAAGCGUAUCAACGAUGCUCUUGAUAAGCAUCUUGAGAAAUCUUCGCCUUCGACAUCCAGAGCUUUGAGCGGUAAGGACAAAGAGAGACUUUCCAUACCGUCUACUUCCACCGGUAAAUCACAGCUCGAUCACCGCGACUCUCGCUCCGCCGCUGCCGCCGCCGCGUCUCUAUGCAAGAAUAAAUGCUCCGAUGCAGAGGAAUCUGAGACAGAUAGUGAAGAGUCUGAUGUCAGUGGUUCUGAUGGGGAUGACACAUCUUGGAUUUCAUGGUUCUGCAAUCUGAGAGGCAAUGAAUUUUUUUGCGAAGUUGAUGAUGAAUACAUCCAAGAUGAUUUUAAUCUUUGUGGUCUGAGCAGUCAAGUUCCAUAUUAUGAUUAUGCACUUGAUCUUAUUUUGGACGUUGAAUCGUCUCAUGGUGAUAUGUUUACCGAGGAGCAGAAUGAGUUGGUUGAAUCAGCUGCAGAGAUGCUGUAUGGUCUUAUUCAUGUUCGAUACAUACUGACUAGCAAAGGAAUGUCUGCAAUGCUGGAGAAGUACAAAAAUUAUGACUUUGGGAGAUGCCCAAGGGUUUACUGCUGUGGACAGCCCUGCCUUCCAGUUGGCCAAUCGGACAUUCCUCGAUCCAGCACCGUAAAAAUAUAUUGCCCCAAAUGUGAAGAUAUAUAUUAUCCUCGAUCCAAGUACCAAGGCAACAUUGAUGGAGCUUAUUUCGGAACCACGUUUCCUCACUUGUUUUUGAUGACAUAUGGGCACCUCAAGCCACAAAAGGCAGCGCAGAGUUAUGUACCGAGAGUUUUCGGCUUCAAGAUACAUAAGCCUUGAGAAAGAGUUGUGCAAGUUUGGAUUUGCAUCCAGAAUCUUUGGUAGCCCAUCGGUGGCUGAUCACGUCUCUCACCAAGAGCCUUGUUGAGAUAGAAAUUGGCUGACAAGUGAGGUAAAAAUGCAGUAAUUGAUAAAAGAACUACAAUUGAUGCACCAAGGAAAAUGUUUAAAGUGCGAAUUGGCCUAUUAGCAGAGCCCAAAAAAAAAAAAAAAAAAAAAACUAUUUUAUUUGUGAGAUUAACAGAGCGUUUGUAAUUCUUCUUCUUCUUUCACUUUUGGGUUGAGAUUGUAUGAGGUGCUUUGUAUUUGUAGCUCAUAAUUUUUCUAUUCGUUUUGUUCUGUCUACUUUAUGCACCCCGGGGCAAUGCCUGACAAAGUUUGAACUAAAAAAUUCAAUGAAAUGAAAUGGGAGGAAACAAUUGAAGAUUAA